CCAUCGUCCAGUACGAGCAGGAGCUCUGUCGUCAGCGCAGACUGCUGGAUUCAGUCCUCCCCCAGCAUGAUGGAAAGGAGGAUUUCUGCUCUCACCAGAGGAAACAAGUGGAAGAAGAACCUCCACAGAUUAAAGAGGAGCAGGAGGAACGAGAACCUCUACAGAUUGAAAAGCAACAUAAAGAACUAGAACCUCUACAGACUGAAGUGCAACAAAAGGAUCAAGAACCUCCAAAGAUUGAAGAGCAACGUAAGGAACCAGAACCUCUACAUAUUAAAGAGGAGCAGGAGGAACAAGAACUUCCACAGAUUAAAGAAGAGCAAGAGGGGUUCCACAUCAGUCAGGAUGAAGAGCAGCUUCAUCUGAAGCAGGAGACUGAAACCUUGAUGGAGAUUCCUACUUAUGAGGAACAUGAGAACAGUGAAGCAGAUCUAAACAAUCCGUGGAGCUUUAAUUUAACUGAUAGUUGGGAUGAAGAAGGAAACCAAAAUGACGAAUCAACAUCAACUAGAAACGAAGAGACGGACCCACAAAACAAAGAUCAGAGGAAGAGAAGAGAUGGAAAUCAUGUCCAAAAUGUGGACAGUUCCUACAACAAGUUAGAAAGUCAGUGUGACAAGACAGCAAGUUUGAUUGAGAAACACAGACCAACAAUUACACACAAUGUGUCAAUCCACAUGAAAACAGAGUCUGAAAGACCUUGUCUCUGUGUCUGUGAAGAAUGUGGUAAAUGUUUUGGUUACUGGUCUCAAUUCAAAACGCACAUGGGAACUCACACAAGAGAAAGGCCUUUUUCCUGCAAAGAAUGUGAUAAAAGUUUCAUGAACGAAUCUAGUUUGAAAACACAUGUGAGAACUCACACAGGAGAAAGGCUCUUCUCCUGUAAAGAAUGUGAUAAACGUUUUCUGAAUAUAUUUUGUCUUAAAAUACACAUGAGAACUCAUACGGGCGAGAAGCCUUUUGCUUGUAAACAAUGUGAUAAAAGGUUUAGUCAAAUUUGUAACCUCAAAAGACACACAAGAACUCACACAGGAGAAAAGCCCUUUUCUUGCAAAGAAUGUGAUAAACGUUUUCUUGAUUUAUCUUGUCUUAAAAAGCACACGAGAACUCAUACAGGAGAAAGGCCUUUUUCUUGUAAAGAAUGUGACAAAAGUUUUCGUCAAGUAUCUAGUCUCAGGUCGCACAUGAGAUCUCAUACAGGAGAAAAGCCUUUUUCUUGUGAAGAAUGUGAUGCAAGUUUUAGUCGUGCAUGUCAUGUCAAAAGACACAUGAGAAUUCACACAGGAGAGAAGCCUUUUUGUUGUAUACAAUGUAACAAAAGGUUUAAUCAAAUGUCUAGUCUCAACAGACAUAUGAUGACUCACACAGAUGUGAGGUCUCGUCAAAAAAUUUAAUAAGCAAUUUAGUGAAAUCUCUAAGGAAAACUCAGCAGAUUACUUGUACAUUAAAAGACAAAAAGGUUUCCAUAGAAUGGAAAAUAUUUUGAAAAAGAAAAAUGUUAUUAUUUUAAUAGAAACUAAAAAUCUAUGCAGAACUAUUGCAUACAGAUUUUAAUAUUUUAAAAACCUUCUAAAUUCUGUAUAGUGUUGGAAAUUAUUGGGGUUCCACUAGGGGUGGGCAAUAUGACGAUAUAAAACCAUCUUACGUUCUCCAAUGCUGACGACCUGUCAUUUUUGAGAGAUCGUUUUAUCACGAUCUUCUACGAAAAGCUGCAAGAGCGAGAAGGCAAAAGCUUGUUGACUGCCUGUGACUUUAAAUCCGAGCUGCUCCUCCUCCUCCUCCUCGGUGUGUUUUCUUGUAAUCAAUGACAUAUAUUACUGGAUUGGAAGCCACGUGUCAUACGGCGUGACCAUCAUCAUGCAUCAAGUCUUCUCGAGUAAUGAAUGACGGAGGUCCGAAAAAGUAACAAAAGGAGACACAGUGUUUUACAAUCGACUUCAAAAACCUUGACAACAAAAUAAUCCGAUGGAGAGGAAUCAUCACAGGA